UAGAGGCGGAGAAGGAAGGAGUGUCCGAGGAGGAGAGUUGUUUUUGGAGGAGGAGAGGAGGAGCAGCUCCUCUCAGCUCCGCAGCUGCGGCAGGAAAUUACAGAAAAGUAACUUUGUACAUAUUUUUCUCUCUGUGCGCGCCCUUGUGACGCGCAUGCGCUCUUCCAGCCCUUCAGCCCCGCAGAAUGGACCGAUUGUCAGCGUGCUCUGUAGUGACGUCACUGAGAGGACCAGCAGGGAGCGCGCCUCGGCCCUGAUGGUGAGUCUGCACUUUGAGAUUCUGUCUGAAGAUGAGUGGCGGGAAGAAGAGGAGUGGCUUUCAGAUCACCAGCGUUACCUCAGAUUCAUCCCAGCCGACCUCUCCAGCUGGCCGAACGUCCCCCAGCAUGGUCCAGACCAUCCAACCAGAUCCCUUCUCCAUCAGACACAUUCUGGGAAGCUCCUCCCAGCCGACCACACCCUCUCCAACAAGGAAAAACAUUUCCCAUGAUGCCUCGGGGCAGGGAGUGGGAUGCUCCUCCAGGUUCAGGGUUGUGAGGCUCACAGGGGGAGGAGCUGGCCAAGGUGGGCGGAGCAAGUCGUAUCAACGCGGAAGAUGGACUUGCAUGGAGUUCAUGGAGAGACCGAAAGAGGCAGGGUUCCGGCGAGUAAUGGACAGCAUGAGACAUGCUCACUCUCUGGAGUCUUUGGAGAUGAUUGGUCGAGACAAAGAAAGGGGAGGAGUCCACUCUCAGGACACCACCCACAUGCUGACUAAGCCAGUCAACGGUACUGAUGGGAUUCUUCCGAGAAGCAGGCUUACUUCGCCAACAAACCAAGAUCCAAUCAGCAUCCGGCUUCUAGACAGGAGCGAACCAAUCAGUGUGCAGGGUCUAGACUCCACCCCUUCUCCUAUUUCACCACGCCCACAAAAUUUUCCUCAACCUUUACAGCUGGAAAUGGACACCACAUCUGUCCUCAGGAUGUCCCAGUCUUUACCCAGCUCCCCCCUGUCUGAAUCAUACCACCCCACUCUGACCCCCACCCAGACUCUGUCACCAUUCAGACUGGACCAGACCAUCUUCAGCCUGCAGGGGGACAGCAGGACCUGGUGAAGAGUCACCUGAUGCUGGCGGUUCGUGAGGAGGUGGAGCUUCUCAGGGAACAGAUCAGGGACCUGCAGGAGAAGAACCAGCAGCUGGAGAGAGAGAACCACAUCCUGAGAGCGCUGACACACAACUACACAACGUCCACACAACACAACAGCAACAACAAUACAACGUUUAUGUGAACUUAAUAACGAGACCUUCUGAUGCAACGCAAAUUACCAGGAACACACCUGAGCAAGGGCUUGCUGCUCGGGUGAUAGUGUUGCUAUGGUAACAUGUUUAACAGACAGACUGGGCCUGGACGCUUUGACAACAGCGGCUGUGACCGGCUGAUGUUUUUAUUUUAUGUUUGGAGGAAGUCAUAGUGUUUUCUGUUUCUUUUUAAGGCCCAAGAGUCAAGUUCUCUUUAAUUUACAACUGGUUUUUUUUAUAAAAGAGGAGAUACAAAGAAAACUUUCAGUUUACCUGAGGAAAACCUUUCUCUGAAUAUGUGAGUGACUUUGCAAACAUCAGCAUCAACCAACAGUAGUCUUCAUUAUACUGUAUAUAUGUG